GGGAGGGACAACUGACAGGCCCAGAGCAGUCCCCGUGGGCAGCUGGGCAGCUGGAGCACAGAGGGCCCGGAGCCCCCGGAGGAGCAGCCGCAGAGCCGGGCACCCGUCCCCUUCCCUGCCAGCAUGGGCGACUGGAGCUUCCUGGGCGAGUUCCUGGAGGAGGUGCACAAGCACUCGACGGUCAUCGGCAAGGUCUGGCUCACGGUGCUCUUCAUCUUCCGCAUGCUGGUGCUGGGCACGGCGGCCGAGUCCUCCUGGGGCGACGAGCAGGCCGACUUCGUGUGCGACACCAUGCAGCCGGGCUGCGGGAACGUGUGCUACGACCAGGCCUUCCCCAUCUCGCACAUCCGCUACUGGGUGCUGCAGAUCAUCUUCGUGUCCACGCCGUCCCUGGUGUACAUGGGCCACGCCAUGCACCACGUGCGCACCGAGGAGAAGCGGAGGCUCCGGGAGGCCGAGGGGGCCAGAGAGGGCCACCCCGCGGCCGAGAAGGCCCAGCUGUCCUGCUGGGAGGAGAUGAACGGGCGGGUGAUGCUGCAGGGCACCCUGCUGCACACCUAUGUCUGCACCAUCCUGAUCCGCACCACCAUGGAGGUGGCCUUCAUCGUGGGCCAGUACCUGCUCUACGGGGUCUUCCUGAGCACCCUGCACGUCUGCCGCCGCAGCCCCUGCCCCCACCCGGUCAACUGCUACGUGUCCCGGCCCACGGAGAAGAACGUCUUCAUCGUCUUCAUGCUGGCCGUGGCCGCGCUGUCCCUGCUCCUCAGCCUGGCCGAGCUCUACCACCUGGGCUGGAGGAAGAUGAGGCACGCGUGGGGCAAGCCCGGGCCGCGCCUGCCCGAGCGCCGGCUCCCGGGUCCCUCCGGGGCUGCGGCCCAGAGCUGCACGCCUCCGCCCGACUUCAGCCAGUGCCUGAGGGACGGCCCCGGGGCCAAGUUCUUCCGUCCCUUCGGGGACAACGGUCCCCCGCAGAACCCCGGCUGCCUGGCCGCGCCCCCAGCGCCAGGCCAGCAGCCAGACCCCAGGGAGGGUUUCAUCCAGAUCCGGUAUGGCCAGAAGCCCCAGGUGCCCGACGGGGUCUCCACGGGUCACCGCCUCCCACACAGCGACCAUGGUGACAAGCGCCGUCUCAGCAAGGCCAGCAGCAAGGCCAGGUCAGAUGACCUCUCGGUGUGACCCUCAGCCACGGGAGGACUGGGGGAGGCCGGGAGAAAGAGGCCCAGGGAGGGCCAAGGGGUCUCUUCCUCCCCGUCCCCGUCCUCGUCACUCCUCUGCUCCGGUGGGCCCUGCGUCUCCCGGUGGGCGCUGCCGACCAU